UGCUUUUUCUGAGUUUCGUUGCUUCCCCAAUGCGCUUUCAGUUGAUUGCUGGGCUCGCAUUGAUCCUUCUGCUGCUUGUCGCUGUUUCUGACUGCGAUGCUGUGCGACUGAAGCCACCCGCGCGAGGCAAAGCAGCGUCCAAGCCACAGACUCAGACUCAGACUCAGACUCAGACUCAGACUCAGACUCGGGCUCAGGAUCAGCCGCUGGAACAGCCGCCGCAGCAGCGCCACGCUCUGACUGAGUGCGAUCGCAGCCCCGACGAGUCGUUCAGUGCGGCUGGAGCUCGAUGGUACAAGGCCGGAAACAUUGCAAGUUCCCAACCAAAACUGCUACCAAACCAUUGGCAGUAUGAAGAGACGAAACGAGGAACAGAUGUAGUAACAUUGAUCAUGGUUGUGGACUCUUGUUAAUUGGAAUAGGACGCGGCGAUUCAGUGCUAUGGCGACGAGGCAAAGGAAAACCCAACGCUCGGCAGCAUGAUUCAACUUGGCCAAGCGCUGCUCGUUGGACAACGAUUGAACGACGGAGAAGCAAUUCUCACACAAGCGCUGGACGAGGCGAGAAAGGCCGCCGAAUCGGAGCCUGACGCGCUGCGACCUGCAAGUGCGGGAGGCAAGCUCAUGGCCACGAUUCACCACUCGCUGGGCAAGGUCUCGUACUUGAAAGGACAGCACCAAGAGGCCCUCGGGCACUUCCGCAACGCGACGCUCUUGGAUCCUGCCAAUGCCGAGCACUCGUUGCUGCUGGCCUCCAUCCAAGCAUCGUAUGGCGACAAAAAGUCUGCUCUUGAAAUCUACAAGCGCGCCAUCCUGCUCAAUCCAAAGUCUGUCCUCGCCCUGACCAACGCUGCCCAGCUGGCGCUCGAACUCGGCGAUGCCAAGUCCGCGUAUGACUAUGCCCUUCGUUCCGUCAAGAUCGACCGCACAAACACGCUUGGAUUUAUCAACUUGGGCGCUGCCCUUCGACGGCUGCAAAAGCACAAGGCGUCGUCGGAGGCGUUCGACAAGGCGCUGCUCUCAAACUCGACCAACGUGCACGCAAUUGGCGAAUCCAUCAUUGCAAAAAUGUUCCUUGCAGACCACGAUGCAGUCGAGCAAAGGCUGCCAGAGCUGCGAACGUUGCUUCUGCAACAGAUUCGUCACACUCUGGACGCGCUUGAAAACCGCGCAAUCACUGGGUCGGACCAAACGCAAAAGGCCCUGCAGCAGCUGGCCGUGCCGCCAUUCAACCUGAUGUACUUUGAUAUUGUGCCCGAAAUUCUGCGAGACUACUCGGCGGCCUUUGCUGCCAUCGAGUCUCGCAACACCCAGGCCAUUCGCUACAAACUUGCUGCAGCUCGCAUUGACGAUCUGCAUUCGCUCAGUCCUUCCGCGCGCUCUGCCUUAUCGCAGCAACGUAUUCAUGUUGGCAUCAUUAGCGCUGACUUUUACAACCAUCCGACGUCGCAUCUACUGUACUUUGUGCUCAGUCAGCUCAACAAGGACCGGUUCCAUGUCACGGGCUACAGCACGAGCCCCUACGAAGAUGCCUGGACUGAGAAGAUGCGCAGCGUGUUGAAUGGCGGCGUGGUCUCUGUCCAUGCCAUGUCACCUGCAGAAGCAACAGCCCGCAUUGUCGCUGACAAGACGGACAUUCUGCUUGACAUGAUGGGGUACUCGAGCGGCGCUCGCCCCGACAUUAUUGCCUGCAAACCUGCGCCUAUUGUUGCGUCCUACUUGACGUACUGUGGCACCUCUGGGUCGACAGAAGUCGACUACACCCUGUGCGAUCGAACCACCUGCCCAUCCAAGCUCGUUCCAUCGUUUCUCAUCGAGCGAGUCGUGACUCUGCCGACGGGUUUGUACCCACCCGCGUGGUUUCGGGCGUCUGAGGUCUAUCCUCCCGCGCCGGAAGAUGUUGUUGCCAAGAAAACAGAGCUUGGCCUGCCAAACGACGGUGCAUUCACUUUUUGCUCGCUUGGACCGAUCUUCAAAGCCAACAAGAGCACGGUACACUCGUGGAUUCGAAUCCUCAAACAAGCUCCCGAAGCGCGGCUCUGGGUUAUUGCCCAUCCCAAUGAUGCAGCUGCAAACUUUCGUCGGCUUGUUGCCGAGGCACAAGUCGAAGCGCAAGUCAUCCUCACGCCUCGAUUGGAACGAGAGGACUUUCUCGAGUACGCACCCUCCAUGUGCGACCUCUUCCUCGACACGCUGCCAUACAACGCUCACACUACAGCGUCGGAAAUGCUGACGGGCGGACUUCCCGUUUUGACGCAAGCGGGCCAGACGCGAUGUGGACGGAGCGCGGCCGGCAUGCUGAGCAGUGCGUCGCUGGAUCAGUUCAUCGCAACAUCAGCGGGACUGUACGAAGCGAUGGCGGUGGAGUUUGCGACCACGGAUGCUGGUCGAGCCAAAGUGUUGGCGGCACGCCGCUCGUUGCUUGCAGGACGAACCGCGCUCGCCCAGAGCCUCACCAGGGACGCGGACGAGCUUUCCCCAGAUGCGUUUGACGAUGUUCCGCGCUUUUUCAACGUGCCACAGCAUGCGCGUGGUCUGGAGGCGGCGUUCGAAACGAUGCAGUCGCGUUAUUUGCGCGGAUUGAAGCCUAUCGACUUUGAAGUCACCGAGUCGGACUUGCAAGACGCUGAAGAGAAGGCUCACCAAGCCAAGCAUGCGAGCACCAGUGACGACCGUACAGCCACUGCACGAAGCGAGCUGUAACAACCGCCAGACGUCCAGUACAAUCUAACAAACAAACACAAGCUCAUCUUCGCUUUGCUGAUUUUUGUAUCCUGUUGCAUCCUGUUGUAUCCUGCUAUUGUUAAAUUUUCACCCUUGUCUUUUUUUUUUGUUGCAUUUAC